AUGUCUGAGCACGAUCCAAGCUCAUCCAUCCCAACCGAAGUUCCCAUACCUCCUCUGGAGGAGGCCUAUGCUGCCCUCGACAUCAACGCUGAUGAUGAAUCUGAUGGUCUCGACCUUGGUUUUGAGGAAGAUGUCGACCCAAUCACUGAUUUCAGCCUCACUCUUGUUGGGAGACUUAUGACGGACAAGAUUGUCAAGUUUGCUUUUAUGAGGGAUACCAUGGCUGCCGUGUGGCGUCCACGCAUGGGUGUGGCUGCUAAAGAGCUCAUCAACAACACCUACCUCUUCCAGUUCUUCCACGACAUUGACAUGCAGAGAGUCCUUGAAGAUGGACCAUGGUCCUUCGAACAAAACUUACUAGCCCUAGCCAAAGUUCAACCGGAUAUCCCCCCUAUAGUAACACCGCUCGACACUGCUAAUUUUUGGGUUCAACUACAUGACCUCCCCCUGGGGUUUUUUUCAGAGAAAACAUUUGCGGCUAUCGGCAAUUUCAUAGGCGAAUUCAUCAGGAUUGACGACGGUGCUUUCUCAGGAUGGUUCAAAACCUUCGUUCGCAUACGGGUCAGAAUCAACAUCACCAAGCCCCUUAUUAGCCAGAUGAGAAUCAAGCGUAAUGGAGGUGACUGGAGCUGGAUUUCUUUCCGGACACACGGAGAAAUUUUGUAUCAAACUGUUCGAAGGAUUUCCCCCAACGGCAGACAAACCAUUUGGACCAUGGUUGCGAGCACAAAACCGUCGACCGUCGCCGGUCGCCGGGAAUAG